CUUGUUUCAUUCCAUUAUGUUAUCGACAACUCAACUAUUUGUUUUGAUUUGUUUAUUAAAAAAAUAAAGGGUGUCGUUUUUUUCCAUCUACAUGAUUUGUCCAAUUUUGGAAAGAAAAUAAUCUAGAUUAAUGGCUCCGCAACCUGUAGUAACUGGUCUUUCACCGAAAGAGGGACCUCCUGGAACUCGUGUUAUAAUACGUGGUGAAUUUUUAGGUUUAAAACCUACAGAUUUAAUAGGUUUGAAAAUAUGUGGUUUCGAUUGUCUACUUUCGGCCGAAUGGGUGUCACCCAAUAAAAUCAUAGCCCGUUCAGGACCGGCAAAGGGAAUUGGUGAUAUUAUUGUUACCACCAGAAGUGGUGGUGAGGGUACCUCGUCGGUACAAUUUAGAGCUAUAGGUAAUCAUGAAAUUAUUGGUCCCUUAAAAGAGUCUGCUGUGUGGAUAGAUGAAGCUCCCUCACAAAAUUUCGCCUGGGGUAGACGUACCCUAGUGCAGUCCGUGCUUACACAGGAGGAUCCCUUGGGAUUAUCAACCGAGGGCAAUGAGCAGAAAAAUGUAGAAAAUCUAAGAGAACUAUUUCCAAAUAAUAGUGGCGACUUGUUGCAGGAGAAUUUCUCUCCGGCCUUGUUUUUAUUGGAAAAACAUUCGGCUACUACGUUUGCGGAUUUGAAAGCUGGUCUUAAUUAUCUAAAUCGUAAAGUAGAAUCACAGAAAGAGGGCCAACUUUCUUUUUUGAAAUCGAAUGCGGGUUCUGUUAUUGAUCAGCUGGAUACUUUGAUGAAUAUUCGCGAUAAGCUGAUCUUCCGUAAAGUAAUGGAAGAAGUCGAUCAACGUAUUUUACAAAUUCGAAAACAAUUACACGAAAAAGUUGUAAAAAUGCCCCAAAGCGUUGAACAACAACGUAAACUUAUCAAAGCUCUAAUAAGUUUAGAAGUACAACAGUCCGGGACUAGCUUAAAUGACAAGCUACGCAAUACUGACCCAGCCUGGGAUGCCAUUGAUGCAAGAUCAAAAUAUUUGGAACAAACAUUUAAGCAAACAUUUGAACAAUAUGCCAGCAAAGAUGCUCAAGGAGCAGAGAAAAGUAAAAAUCGUGAUAUAUCUCAGACACCUAAUCGAGUACUGUUCUGUGAAGAGAUCUGUGAAAUAGCAGCAUCACAAUUACCAGACUUGUGGCGUUUGGGUCAGAUGUACUUUACGGGAGAACUGAGAGGUCCCAAUGAUCCCAGACCAGGAGAUUUCAAGCGCAUGAUUUUAACUGCCAUUGAAAAAUUCUGUAUUUAUCUAAAAGUGGCUAUGUGUACCACAGAUUCUGAGGCACGUACUCUAAGGCAAUCAGUAGGUCUUAUAUGGCCUAUAAAUCAUGGUUCUCAUGAUGUUUUUAAAUCUUGGCUACCGCAAUGUUUACGUUAUACUCGCAUAACUUAUGCCACUUUAAUUAGUUUGGAUUUACCUUCGUCUGCUUUGGAUAUUGUGCAAAAAUUCAUUGAUGCAACACGUUUGCAUUGUUUCUCCAACAUUUUCGAAAAGGCUACACAAAAUUGUAAUAAACUUACAGAAUUAGAAACCUGGGAAAUGGGGGUGGAAGAUUUUCCAGGUGCUACUCUACUACCACAACGUUUGGAGGAAUUGUUAAUUGAAACUUUGGAGGAGGCUCAGCAGUCCUGUAUUAAUCCGGAAAUGAGAGAAGGAAAUCUAUUGGAGUCAGAAUCCGAUGGUCAGCGUGAGGUUUCUUUGCGCUUGCAGCAGUUACUUUUAUGUUUUUGUAAUGUUAUACAAGAGUUGGCUUUUCAUUCCCAUAAAGAGGAAACACCAACCCACAAUGUUUCCCAAUUACUAGGCUAUCCCAAUAAUCAAUCCAGUGGCCCGGCUUCUGGUAGAUUUACCAGUUUAUCAACUACCACAGCCAUUACUUGGGAGCAGCGCAUGUUAUGCUGUUUGGCAAAUUGUGCCUAUUGCAAUAAAAGCUUUUUCCAUAAAGUGGGCAGCCUAUUUGAAAAAUACGGUUAUCCUUUACCCUCUUUAGCUAUUGAAACGGCUCGUUAUUCGGUUAACAAAUUAUUUUCCAACAUCUUGGAUGCCUAUGUAGAGCAUAAAGGUGAUCCUUUGGUGGGUACAAUUGAACCCUCCAUGUAUCUGGGUGCCUUUCAAUGGGACAUUGAAAUGUCAAUUGGCCAGUUACGCCCUUACGCCCAUGAAUGUUGUGAUAAUUUAGUGGGUGUUUAUUCGGAAAUUUUCACCAUAUCUCCAGCUUUAUUAAGACCCAUACUUGAGCCUAUUGUAUUGACUAUAUCCGAAGAGUUGGCACGUUUAAUGAGUUGUGUACCCCAGUUCAGUUAUACCGGAGCCAUACAAGCCAGUGUUGAUAUACGUUUGUUAAGAGAUGCUCUUAAAUUGUAUACAAAUGAAACAGGAAGAAACUAUUUCCUAGAGGCUUUAGAAGCCAUCAAUCCUCCUUUAGAUGUAGAUCAACAAAAACAUGCUGACGAAAUAUUGGAACGUGUUAAAGAACGCAUGAAACUGCAAUUAAUGUGUUUUUCCGUUAAAGAACCUUAGAAAGUGACGUAAAAUUAUUUAUUUAUAAAAAUAUUAUUGAUGGUAUUAAAGUUUUAAAUAAUAUGCUUAUUUAUGAAUAAAUAUUCGCGAAAAUUAAUAAAUUUUUAAACUUUAUUACAUUCCAAACUUGAA